CCACAACUGAUCGCGUCCUAUAUAUCCCACUCCCGAACCACCCACCACACUUUCCUUCAUUUCACCAAAACCAAACCCUUUUCUCUUUCUCUCAAUAUAUCGCUUUGUCUUUUUCUUUUUUCUCAAUUGCUGCGAAAGAAAAGCGAACGGAAUCGCGUUUUCCAAAGCUCAAAACCAGACAAACGAUGCAGCAGCAUCACCAGCGCCCGCAGGUGGAGGUGGAAGAACCUUCUUUCCAUCACCAGAAGCCAUCCCCGUCUCCCAGUUUCAGCAGCUACUCCUCGGAGACACUCGCCGAGAUCGCCGCCAGGGUAAUUGAGGAGCUCCGCCGCGACCCUCAUUCCGACGACGACGCGCUCUUCCCGGCGUGGGAAAACGACGACGACAACGACUUCACCGUGCAAAACGACGAGUCCACGGCGCAAAACGACGACGAUGACAACAGUUUCGAGUUCGCGUUUGUUUCCCACGACUUGGCUUCUCCGGUUUCCGCGGACGACAUUUUCUACAACGGCCAGAUCAAGCCCAUGUACCCAAUCUUCGGCGUUCCCUCUCACGACGACGUUUUGAGUGUUCCGAACACUACAGGUAGUACCGCUGCAACUCCGGAGGGGACGGUGAGACGGCGUCGUCUCCCUCUGAGGAAGCUAAUGUUCGAGGAGGGUGAAACGGCGUCGUGCUCGUCGUCAACGGACGAGAGCGUUGACCUGGAGGGGGUGGCGGAAGGCGCGUACUGUGUGUGGACUCCGAACGCCGUCGGAAGGGAACGGAAAAAGAGCAACUCGACGGGGUCCGCAUCGAAACGGUGGAAGCUUCGGGAUUUGCUUCUGAGGAGCCACAGUGAGGGGAAAGACAAACAGCAACAAAAACAACAGCAGCAAGUGGUGUUUCAGAUUCCGACAAACAAAGUGAAACCUCAGAACGGAACAGUUGGAACGGAGAAUCAUGCGGAACAGAACAAGAGGAAGUCUUUCUUGCCUUACAGACCAGAAUUGGUUGGACUUUUCACCAAUGUCAAUGGGCUUGGUCGGAAUUUGCGCCCCUUUUGAUUUUUCAACGCAAUACUAUUAUUACUUGUUAAUUAAUCAUUAAUCCAUUUAAUAUUUUUAUUCCCUGUUUUAUUGGUACUUGAUGUUCUUCAUCUUCUUCGGUUUGUUUGCAUGUUGUGGAAGUUUUGGGGCGGGUAUAUUUGUAAUUAAAGAGGAUGAGAUUAUUGUUUUUAUGAUGUAUAUUCUGCGGAAAUUAUAAGGUUUUUCUCCACGGUUUUUGCUUUCUUGAAGUGGUAAUGAGUUUUGAAGUUUGUGGUGGGGCUAGCUGGUUUGUGUAUGAAAUGGUGUGGUAGUGGGAUUUGUAUAGAUUGGGUUGCUUUUGGGACUCCUAAUUAGUAGAUGAGUUUUUUAAGUCUACAAUGUAUAUAAAUAAAUAUAAAGGGAGAAUUGCUUUGCAAGUUUAA